UUGUUCAUACACUGGGUCUCACUGUAUCGCCCGGGUGGACAGUGUGGUGACUUCAACAUUUAAUGGAAUAAAAUGCCGAGGGUCCGCGUAAACAGAGACGCCGCUUCCGCGUGAUUUGUUCACGGUUUCUUCGGUGACUCGGGGCGUCUGCGUGGCGGCCGGCGGCGGGCCUACUUUACAUUUUUUUUUUAAUCAGCAAUAUUUCUGGGAGAGAAGCGUCGCCCUCCUCGCCACAGUGGCUGCAAACAAGGUUGUCACUUUUGUCCUUGUUGAACAAACGAUGAACUGAGGACCUUCCUCGACCUCACACAUCUCUGCGGUAACCACUCUUCACUCGCUGCUCGCCAGUAGAAGGAGUCGACCACGUUGCCUCGCCACACCUGGGCAGAGAAAUGCGUGUGUGUGCGUAUCCUCUGAUGAAUGACCGCACGAGUGUUUUUGGGCUGAAGUAAGAGGUAGCGGUCCGCACGUCAUCUCUCAUCCGCCUGAGAGGCACUUCUCUACUUGACUGACUACGCCAUUUGUCUCCACAACUACAAAGCACCAUGGGAAGGAAAAAGAUUCAGAUCCAACGGAUCACCGACGAAAGGAACAAGCAAGUGACAUUCACAAAGCGAAAGUUUGGCUUGAUGAAGAAAGCCUACGAGCUGAGUGUGUUGUGUGACUGCGAGAUUGCCCUGAUCAUCUUCAACCAUGCCAACAAGCUGUUCCAGUAUGCCAGCACCGAUAUGGACAAGGUCUUACUCAAAUACACAGAGUACAACGAGCCUCACGAGAGCCGAACCAACGCAGAUAUCAUUGAGACUUUGAGAAAGAAAGGCUUCAAUGGAUGCGACAGUCCAGAGCCGGACGGUGAAGACUCCAUUGACCAAAGUCCCCUAAACGAUGACAAGUACCGUAAGACCACGGAGGACCUGGAUGUUCUCUUCAAACGCUACGGACAGUCGACGGCUCCGCCCCAGACCUUCUCCAUGCCAGUCACAGUCCAGGCGUCCAGUCAAAGCACACUGCAAUUCAGUAACCCUGGCAACGCACUGGUAACUACCUCCUAUGUAACAGCAUCGUCGCUCACGGAUACCCACCUCCUGUCGCCACAGCAACCGGCUCUUCAGAGAAACACGGUGUCUCCUGGGUUGCCACAGCGACCAGCGAGUGCAGGUGCUCUUCUUGGAGGCGACCUGAAUAACUCAAAUGGAGGAUGCCCAAGUCCAGUUCCUAAUGGAUACACCAGUGCCAGGGCCUCCCCGGGCCUCCUCACCGUUUCCAACGGCAACAGUCUGGGGAAAGUAGUUCCAGCCAAGUCUCCACCCCCACCCCCCAGCCCCCAGAUGGUCAACAGCCGCAAACCAGACCUCCGAGUCAUCACCUCGCAGGGCGGAAAGAGCCUCAUGCAGAUGACAGAGGAUGAGCUGGAAUUGGUAAAUGAGAACGCCCAGCGGCUGGCGGCCGGAGCCCAGGCGGCACAAACUCUCACCACGCCGGUGGUGUCAGUCGCCACGCCAAGCCUCCUGGCACAGGGGCUGCCCUUCUCCGCCAUGCCCACAGCGUACAACACAGAGUACCAGCUGACCAGUGCAGAUAUCACUGCUUUACAUGCUCUGGCGUCACCUGGAGGCUUGUUGCCAACUAGUGUGUCCACAUGGCAACAGCAGCAGGCUGUUUCUCAGCAAUCGCAGCAGCAACAACAGCAGCAGCAGCAGCAACUUAGUCUCGCAUCACUCAGCAACUUGGUCAUGUGGGGCGUGGACAAACAGUGCAGCGAGCUGUCUAGCCAGGUGUCCAGCCUGGCUGCCAAUCUGAGUGUUGGUUCUCCGUCCAACCUGCUCUUGGGUAGAGAUGAGUGGUUGGGCCGGCCGGUGACCAAUAUAACUCAAGGCGCCAUGCUGACCGUCAACACAAACCCCAGCGUGAGCAUCAAGUCGGAGCCUGUCUCGCCCGGCCGGGAUCGCAGCACCCCUUGCCCUCUUCCUUCCUCCAACACACCAUCCUCGACUUCAGGAGGCGCCAUCCUGACCGCUCCACCACAGUACCCCGGCUCCCUGCUGUGCCUGGAGCCCCCGACCGGCCGCUCGCCCGCGGACAGUGUAAGCAGUAACGCCAGCUCCUUCGAAGGCAGCGAUCGUGACGACACCGGUACAGCCGGCGGCGGCACUGGAGGCGCAGGUGGAGGCUGCGGCAGCGCGACUGGCACCACAGGCUCCGCCAGCCGGUCCAUGCCGCCUGACUUCAGCCCUUCAGCCGAGCUCCUCAUGGCGGCAAACGAACAGGAGCAGGAGGGAGGAAACAUUAAGCGCAUGAGAUUGGACACCUGGGUCACAUAAGAGGCGCCAGCACCGCCUCUCUCAGCACGCCCCGUGAAGUUAUGGUGACACUUACACACCCACAACACACACCCACACACAUCCUUACACCCCCACUGCCCCAAACUCACACUGCCAUGUGAAACUAUCACCAUGCAUUUGCCUCUGUCCAAAAUUAUAUCACCCAGAUGCUUCACCCAGACUUAUGAGGCUUUGCCAAAAAAAAAAGAACAAAAAAAAGAUAAGAAUUCUUUGGGAAUCAUAAUCUGAGUGAGGGACGGAUGGUUUAGUCCUCCGCUGGAUAUUUAGAACCCUUGAAGAGAGGGACAGUAGAUUUCUAAAGCCUUCUUGCUUGAAUGGACUCCCCCACAUAUUUAUUUCUUUUGGUAGAAACAAGGCGUUCAGCCUUGAAAUCUGACAUAACCAUGAAAAUAUUCCUCUUUCACAUGGUUUCUGCAUCACCGUCAUGUAUUCACAUCGAGAUCUGCUGCGUUUGUUCACAAUAUGAUUGGUGGCUUGUCAACAUUACGGGACUUCUGCUGUACGACUUGCCACUUCCUGCUCUUUGAAAUCCAUUUGGAUCGUGUGCUGUCCCAUUCUUCCUUGAGUCACUUCCAAACUGCACUAUUGGAAAUAACUUUUAUCUGGACACGUUUGAGGACUGAGCGUCUAUCUGACACUAAAGCAGACAGACUCAAACGGGGUCUCUAGGUGAGGGCACUACCCCAGCAGGCCCGAGCCCCCGAGUGGCUCUUUGCCGCUGUGGAGUCGAGCACCUUGCCUGAGUGCCAAUAUCAACCUCUUUAUAGGAAAAACAAAAUGCCAAAUGCCUCUUGCACACGUUGCAGGGACACUGACGAACGAUCACUCACAGAAAAACGUUGAGAACUCGGAACUGUCUGCGCUUUUUAGAAUUUGUCAUCACUCUCUCCUCGGACUGAGUGCUCCUCCCGUCCUCUCACCUCACUGGAUGGAAAUUGUUGCACCAGAAAUCCAGCCAGUCGCUCGGCUUAUGACCAGGAGUAGAUGCCAUCCAGUUAAAAGCAUAGUACGAGUUUUUUCGGAGCCUCUGGUGGCUUUUUUUUGGGGCGGGGAGGUAGGGAAGUAUUUGGUCCUUUCAGUCCAAGUGUUCUUUAUCUGUUGGUAUUUUAAAAAUCUGUUUUGAAGGUCUGUUAGUCGUCCAGAAGUAGGAAUUCUGAAUUUGUAUAAAAAUCACUCCUUAUACAAAAGCUUCGAUGUCCUCUCUUAGCUCUCUCUAGCGCUCCUUAGCUCUUUGCCGUGUUUGAAAAAGUGAAAGGAAUAAAUACAUUUUCUAUAUUUCUACCGCUUCAGUUGGCGACAAAGUACAAUAGCUUUUCGGCUUCGACGACGUGUAUGUACAUAUGAAUAUAUUUGCAUAGACUUUGCUAGGUAUCCCUAAAAACAAGCAAUGUGUUGAUACUCAGUGGAUCUGUUUGCAUAUACGAGUGUGAAUUUGAUAUGUCUCGAGCGGCGGCGCCACACUGGGUAGUGCUGGUGGAUCCGACUUGUUUCAGUAAACCUAUUUGAUGAUAGUGUUGAUGGUGUGUGCACUUUCUGUCUCACUCACAGAAGCCUGCUUUGUGGUGUCAUAUUCUUCCCACCACCUCUUUUUUCAAAAAAAACAAACACGAUCAAAGUCACAAAUUGUCCACCGUGACUCAAAGUCAUCGUAAC